UACAGGCGUCUGGUGUGUCGUGUCACUCCAUCAAGUCAGUCUUUCUACCCCAUGCUGCCGCCGGCCUUCCUCUUGAGAUCCUUGAGGGCGUCCCAGUUCUCAUCCACCCACACACCCGUCUCUAUCAGCGCCUCGUGCAAUCGCUGCACACACACACAUACACAUACAGCCAGCCCGCCGAAGACAGAGAACAAAACUAACUAGACUGAGGCAGGCGUGUGUGUUUGUGUGCAGCUCAUUGUCUCACUCACCUUGAGUUCGUCUGUGAGAGCGCUUUCAGCCGUCUGGAACAGCUGGAGGGCUGCGUCCAAAUCAUCGGGGUUGGCUGCACACCACACCACACCACACCACACCACCACAUGCUCGUCCCCCCCCCCCAUCCAUCCACCUAUCCCACCUACCGGCUUCCAGUGCGGCGUCUCGUUUCUUGACGGCCUCCUCCCACAACGGAUGACCCAUCGCCUGCACACAAUAGAUACAAAUACACAUCACAUCCACACACACCAACAAUGGCCGGCCGUGUUGGGCGAUCCGAUCCCAAUGGCUCUGCUCUGCAUGCCCUGCCCACCUCUUUGACAACCCCACUGCUGGAGCGACUCUGCGCAGUGCAGACGGCACACAUACAAACCAAAUAUACACGCAAAAGGGAGCGGCAUGGCUGGCUGGCUGGCAGGCAGGCAGCGCCCGUUGUGUGUGGUUGUGUUGUGUCACACACAUACAUUGUACAGCCGCCUGAGUGCCUGCAGCAUCGGGUGGUCCUUGGCUCUGUUGAUGGUCUCGAGAGUGUUGUCGGGCCCCGACCCCACACCGCCCCUCCCGCCAUACCCGUAAGCAUCCAUCGGCUGACAUGACCACCAUCACACGAGCACAAACACAAACACUCGAGUGAGUCAGUUUGAGAUGAGCUUGUCUGCUCUGCUCUGUGUGUGGCUGGGUGUGUGUGCGCAGGUACGUACCAUCAUGACCGGUGGCGGCAGGCCCAUUUGUUCGCGCAGUAUCCCGCACCGCCGCUCGCUGUAGACCAUGAAGAGGGGGUGCAUCCAAGUGUCCACACAGCUGCCGUACAUGGCCCUCUGCUCAUCAGCCAUACUGAAUGACAUGACACACACACACACGUGUGUGUGUGGUGGCACAGACAGACAGAACAGACACAAAAGCACUCGUGUUGUGUGUUGUGUGCAUCCCAUACGGCCGUGCCAUGCAUCGAAUCGACGGAGGUGCUGUGCUGUUUUGGGUGUCGUGUUGUCGUGUGGUCGUGUGGUGGUCCCUCACUUACGCUUUGACGGUGGGUCCGACUUUCAUGAGGAACUGUUCGAGGACGGCCUUGCACCAGUCGGUGUGGAUCUUGAUCUGGGCCUCGUCAGCCGGGUAGCCCUGCUGGGUCAUCUGACAUGCAUGACACCCACACACACAUACAUGGCUGGCCACAGAUGAGAUGAGAUGUGUGGGCGAAUGAAGCGGACAGACAGACAGACGGAAGAGCCCCCGCCAGCACAGCACAGCACGGGAGCACUAACAAGCAGCCGGCUCACUCACCUCACCCACCUUUGGCUGCUGAGUGAGGAUCUCGUGAACCGUGAAGAAGAGGAUGUCCCUCAGCACAGGAUUGGCCUUGGCGAUGAAUGCCUGCGCCAACUCCGCACACAGGGCGUCGGGGAACUGCGAAUAGAUCUGACGAAACCGCUGUGCCAGGUCUGACAGACCACGGAGGGUAGCAUAGAUAGCAUCCAACCAUUGCAAUGCAGGCAGGCAUGAUGAGCGAGCGACUGCCGGUCGGGUCUUCUUGUCGUCUGUCUUGUGCUGUGUGUGCUGACUGACGGUCGGGGUUGUAUGCGUUGAUGUCGGCAUUCGCAGCGUACGCCUCUGAUUGCACACAAUCAUACCAACCAACCAACCAACCAAGCAAGCGGCCACAGAGCACCCAUGCCAUGUGCUGACUGUAUCCAUGUAUGAGUGCCUCCCCUGUUGCUGGCAGAUCAGUCAGUCGCCUUACCGAGUUCCUGUCUGAGGUUGAGUGCUUGGGUCGGUGGCAGCGGCGGGAACGCUGGCGCCGCUGGCCUCGCCGGAUGCAUUUGCUUCUCU